AUGCCUCCCCCAACAACAAAACGCAUCCUCAAAGAAGCCUCCGAACUCGCCUCCCAACCCUCACCAGACUACCACGCCGCACCGCUCGAAACAGACCUCUACGAAUGGCACUUCACCCUCCGCGGCCCCCCGGCCCCCUCCCCCUUCGCAGGCGGAAUCUACCACGGCCGCAUCGUCCUCCCGCCCGCCUACCCCCUCAAACCCCCCUCCUUCCGCUUCCUCACCCCGACGGGCAGGUUCGAGGUCAACCGCGAGAUCUGCCUGUCCAUCAGCGGCCACCACGAAGAGACAUGGCAGCCUGCCUGGGGCAUACGGACGGCGUUGGUGGCGAUUCGGAGUUUUAUGGAUACGGAUGCGAAGGGGCAAUUGGGCGGCAUGGACAGCAGUGAGGAGGUGAGGAAGAGGUUGGCGGCGCAGAGUCGGGCGGGGAGGUGUGCGGCGUGUGGUGGGAGGGCGAAUGAGGAAAUCAUGCGGGAGCAGGAGGAGCAUGUGAAAGCUGUGGGUGGUGGGGCUGAAGGGGCGGCGAAGAAGGACGAGGUUCCGGAGGAGUUACGGUUGGCGUAUCGGGACGAUUUGGAUGGGAAAGCACGGGAGCAGAACAAGGCGGAGAGCAGCAGUACGAAGCAGGAGAAUGCUACUGCUGUUCCUACAGGUCCCCCGGCGUCCGAUCCCGUAGCUCGAGAGCCCACGCAGCAGCCUGUGCCUACACCCACCAGACCCGUGUCAGGUCCAGCUCCGGUGACCCCGGCUGUUGUAGCGGCAGCUGACCAACGGCAGCAAGAGCAACAGCAACGAGCAGCGCUCCGUCUAGAAGAUAAUGGCGUGCCAGCUUGGAUCGACAAAGCAAUAUACGGCAUCUUAGCCGCGCUAGCUUUUCUCCUCGUUCGGAAAAUGCUAUAG